AUGAAUGCUUUUCUUGUCUCUGAAGGAUAUGCCCAAAACAUUUUGUGUUUUACACUACACAUUGAGAGGGAUGCAGUGACUUUUGAUGACGUGCAUGUCACCUUCACUGAGGAAGAGUGGAAUUUGCUGGACCCUUCCCAGAAGAAUCUCUACAAAGAUGUGAUGCUUGAAACCUACCUGAAUCUCAAAACUAUAGGCUAUAAUUGGGAAGGCCAUCAUCUUGAAGAACAUUGUCAAAGUAGUAGAAGACAUGAAAGGCAUGUAAAAAGUCACAGUGGAGAGAAACCAUAUGAAUGUAAUCAUUGUGGUAAAGCCUUUGCAAGAUCCAGUUAUCUCCAAUAUCAUAAAAGAAAACAUACUGGAGAGAAAACUUAUAAAUGUAAUCUUUGUGGUAAAGCCUUUGCCAGGCUGAAUAAUCUCCAUUGUCAUAAAAGAAUACAUACUGGAGAGAAACCUUAUAAAUGUAGUCAAUGUGGUAAAGCCUUUGCACAGCACGGUACUUUCCAAUAUCAUAAAAGAACACAUACUGGAGAGAAACCUUAUGAAUGCAAUCAAUGUGGUAAAGCCUUUACAAGACCCAGUCAUCUCCAAAGACAUAAAAUGACACAUAAUGGAGAGAAACCUUUUGAAUGUAAUCAAUGUGGUAAAACUUUUGCAAGACUGAGUAUUCUCCAAUGUCAUAAAAGAACACAUACUGGAGAGAAACCUUAUGAAUGUAAUCAUUGUGGUAAAGCCUUUACAAGACCCAGUCAUCUCCAAUAUCAUAAAAGAAAACAUACUGGAGAGAAAACUUAUGAAUGUAAUCUAUGUGGUAAAGCCUUUGCCAGGCUGAAUAAUCUCCAUUGUCAUAAAAGAAUACAUACUGGAGAAAAACCUUAUAAAUGUAGUCAAUGUGGUAAAGCCUUUGCACAGCAAAGUACUUUCCAAUAUCAUAAAAGAACACAUACUGGAGAAAAACCUUAUAAAUGCAAUCAAUGUGGUAAAGCUUUUGCACGUCACAAUACUCUCCAAUAUCAUAAAAGAACACAUACUGGAGAGAAACCUUAUAAUGUAAUCAAUGUGGCUAUAAUCGGGAAGACAAUCACCUUGAAAAACAGUGUCAAUGUAGUGGAAGUCAUGAAAGGUAAAUUUCAUGUGCAAGUUUCCCUCUGA